GGAGUUUGGUCGAGGUUUGGGGGGUUAGGAAGAAUGGCAAUGCUAAUGGUGGUGCGAGGAGGGAGGUGUGGGGUAAGGAGAAGAAGAUGGAGACUGGGGGGGAGAGGAGGGAGCAGUGCACGUCUGGAGGAUAUCUGACGGAUGCAGGGGUUGAAGAUGGGUAUCGAGACACGAUGCAAAAGACACGCAGGGAAGCGGAAACCCUAUCCGAACUCCCACCACACGCCUCUCCUCCUCAGCCCUCACUUCCACCUCGACCUUUUCCUCCACCAACAGAUUCCACAGACUCCACAGCACCACCACCACCCUCCAACCAAGCCAACCCCCCAAUCUUCCACAACCUGACCUUCUACCUCAACGGCUCCACGGCCCCUUACAUCUCGGACCACAAACUGCGCCACCUCAUCGCAUCGCACGCCGGCUCCCUCUCGCUGUCCCUCGCCCGCCGAUCCGUCACGCACGUCAUCCUCUCCCCGUCCGCCGCAUCGGCAUCGGCAUCGUCAUCGUCAUCGUCAUCGUCAUCAGGCUGUGGUGGUGCUCUCGCAGCUAGUAAGAUCCAAAGGGAAAUUGCGAGGCGAGGCGGUGGUGGCAAGGGAGUCAAGUUCGUCAGUGUCGAGUGGGUGCUGGAGUGUGUGAGGCGCGGGAGGAGGGUAGCUGAGGGGAGGUAUCAGGUCCUUGGCCUAGGGGGCGGGGGGCAAGGGAGUGUUGUCCAGGAUUUCUUUGGGCGGAAGGUAAAAUAGACGGCUGGCUGAUCGGGAGAUCACAGCAAGGACUUGGCUCAUUCUUGUUUGCGUUGGAAAACGCUCGUAUUGUUAUUCCCUUUGAGAUACCCGAAGAAAGAGACUGAACUGGUCUUGGAAGAUGAGUUACGCAUAUUGCGUUUGCAUGCGCUCUCGCCAAGUGCAUCGCCGCCCAUUU